UCCUUCAGCAUGCGUUGUAGAAUUCUACUUUUGCUGUUGAUUUUCACCAGUUGUUAUUUGAUUGGAUUAGAAUGCCUCAAAACAAUAAAACCAGCUUUAAAUCUUACACAUAUGCGCGAGAUUCCAACGGAGCAAGUUUCCCAGACUAUGGAUUUCGAACAAAAUGAAACUCUGAUAUUCAACAAUUUCACCUUGGAUGAACUUUCACCGACAUACGAGUCAAAUUAUAACGAUUUGGGCAUUUAUCCAAUACCUCAUUGUGAUCGUUGUAAUAUAACAGUUGUUGAGGCACCAGAUGCAAACAAAACCUCCGAUCCCGGAAUUAUAACCAUUGCUCAUCUUCCCACUGCCUCCAACUCGAAUAAGAUGCCUCUGUUCCAGAGUAGGCAUCCAGUGAAGCCGUUGAGCAAUGAGUCAUCUGACUUGGGCCUCCGCAACUUCUUUUCACUUCCCAAUGUCAGAGUCCCGCAGGCUCUACCGAUUGACAGAUUCACAGACAGUCAAAUGCCGGAAAUUUCCGGCCAAAAGCCUGCCAAUACUGACAACGGGAACGGGGGUGACCAUCUUCAAGGUUCGAAACGGCGAAAGAAGACGACUACGGUCACAACCCGCAAGAGACUUCGGAAGAGGAAAACUACCACGUCAACGAUUACGUCAACCACCAGCAAAAAGAAGUUCAAGCGAACUACAAUUGCUGCAAAGCUUGUAAUUUGAUUCUUAUAAUGUUAUUUAAAAAAAAAAUACAUCUUUGGGUCAUUCUCUGCCAGCUCUCACGAAA